AUGUUGCUCCUAUUCCUCACAUUUUUUGGAGCUGUUACUGCAGCAAAUGAGUGUCUUCCUGGAUGGAUUUUUCAUCCGGAAACAACUGAAUGUUACUAUAUUUCGAAAAUUCUGUACAAAUUUGAUGACAGUGUGAGUUAUUGUGAUUCAAUAGGAGGAAAAUCAGCGAGUGUCAGUAGUUCAAUCGAGUUAUCUGCUUUUACAUGUAAGUGGAGAUUUUUGCUAUUGAAAUUUUUAAAUUUCUUUUUAGCGAUUUUCAAUUCAUCAAUUCUCCAACCAUGGAUCGGUUCUCGUCGAAAUACAACAAAUAACAAAUUCUAUAAUCUUGAUAACUCAUAUUUUUCGACUUAUUUUUGGGCAACAAAUGAGCCAAGCGUGAAUGGUGAUUGUGUUACCUAUCGGGGAAUUGGUUCGGUUGGGUUACAAGUGUCACAAUGUUAUCAAUUACAACCAGCGUUUUGCAAACAAACUCCAGCAUUGUAAGUUGAACUUUCAAGAUAAUAUCUAUGUAUAGUUUGGAAGUUUAGGUGUAACAGUGGAAAUUUUACUGGUACUUCGGGAACUAUUUUGUCACCAGGAUAUCCAACACAAUAUUAUAACAAUUUGAAGUGCACUUAUCUUAUCACAUGUUAGUUACAACUCAACUUUACAGAUAGAAAUAAAUUAUAUUUCAGCUCCUGACAACACUUAUAUUACACUCAAUUUUCAACCAUUUUUGAUUGAAGAAUGGUAUGAUUCGGUUAAAGUUUAUGAAGGAAAUAGUUCAGUUUUUGCAAAUUUCAUCGGACAGUUAGUAAUAAAUUAUAAUUCAUUAAUAAUACAUAAUCAUGAAAAUAUUCCAGAGUUUCGCAAUAUUAUCCAUAUACUUUUGAAACGAAAGCAAAUCAAGCUCUUGUUCUAUUCACCACAGAUUAUCGUUAUACUGAAAGAGGUUGGCAACUUAACUGGAGUUCGAAAAAAGUUCAGCCUCCAAUUAGUCAAUCCGGAACCAAUGGAACAUUGAGUUCUCCAAAUUAUCCAUCAAAUUACAAUACUUACGACGAACAAAUCUAUUAUAUUUCAACAUCUUUCGGAACUCAAGUCAAUCUUACAAUUGAUGAUUUUUGGACUGAGAGUAAUCGUGAUUUCUUAGAAAUUUAUAACAGCUCCACAUUAUCAAAUAGCACUUUAGUUGCAAAGUUGAGCGGAAAAAAUAUUGCGCCAUAUAAUAUUAUCAGCCCGAGAAGUUAUUUGAGCUUGCGAUUUACAUCUGACGGAUCUUUGCAAUAUAAAGGAUUUCACGCAUUUUGGAAUAUGUUCUAA